AUGAAGCCGGCCAACCUCCUGGUCAGCAGGACCGGGCAGGUCAAGAUUGCCGACUUCGGCAUCGCCGAGGUCGUCACCCGCGCCGGCAGCCACCGCGCGGCAUACGAGGGCACCGCCGCGUACAUGAGCCCUGAGCGCUUCGACACGGAGCCUGCGCACGACGGCGAGGAGGAGGUCCGCGUCGACCCCUAUGCCGCCGACGUUUGGGGCCUUGGCUUGAUCGUCUUGGAGCUCUUGAUGGGCCGGUACCCGCUGCUCCCAGCUGGGAAGAAGCCGACCUUUCCGGCGCUUAUGUGGGCCAUCUGCUUCGGCGAGCUGCCGGCAAUUCCCGACGGCGCGGCGUCGCCGGCGCUCCGGGAUUUCGUGGCCGCCUGUCUGCACAAGGACCACCGGAAGCGGGCUACCGUUGCGGACCUCCUCGCUCACCCAUUCGUCACCGGAAGAGACAUGGCAGCGUCGAGGUGUGCCCUCUGCCAAGUGAUCGAGCAGCGGUGUCGAUAA